CAAACUUAACUCUCUCAAAAACUCAACAACAAUCCAAAAUGAUUACCGACCCAGCCCCGGUUGAUCGGACCCGUUUCCCCGAUCAAUCCUCCCCCCUAACUCUCUUCGACGGUUACAACUACAACAACCAAAACGCCUUCGUGACGUCAUCAGAGGAAGAUCCCGCCGAUGAGUUCGAUUUCUCCGACGCCGUUUUAGGCUACAUCAGCCAGAUUCUGAUGGAGGAAGACAUGGACGAUCGAGUCUGUAUGCUCCAGGAGUCUCUCGAUCUCGAGGCCGCCGAGAGAUCUCUCUACGAAGCCAUCGGUAAGAAGUAUCCUCCCUCUCCCGAACGCAGCUCCCCCUGCGAGAGUCUUGAUCAUGUCGUUCCCGCCGCCGGAGAUCGUAACGGCUUCUCCGGCGGUGGAAUCAAGCCUCUUAGUAGUGGCUUCACGUUGGAUUUUAGUAAUCCUCAGAAUCGCUCGCCGGUUCUUAGCGUUCCUCAGUCUCCUUACGGUGUACGUGAAUCAAAUAGGGAUGAUCAGUCUGUGUGGCUGUUUAGGCGUGGGGUUGAAGAAGAUAGGGAGAGGAACGAGGUGGUUGUGAGUUUCGGAGAGAAAGGGAGUAGGAGAAACCCUAACCACCGCGGCGGGGAAGAAGAGAGGUGUUGCAAGCUACCUGCAGUGUUUUCAGAAACGAUUUUAAGGUCUGAUGUUGUGGAUAAGAUCUUGGUUCAUGUCCCAGGUGAAGAGAGCAUGAAGGAGUUCGACGCGUUGCGUGAAGUUCUGAAGAAAGGAGUGGAGAAGAAGAAAGCCUCAGCGCCUCAAGAAGGGAAGAGACGAGCUAGAGGAAGAGGGAGAGGCCGUGGAGGAGGAGGAGGAGGAGUGAAGAAAGAAGUUGUGGAUUUGAGGAGUCUUUUGAUACAUUGUGCACAAGCUGUUGCAGCUGAUGACAGUAGAUGUGCAGGACAGUUGUUGAAGCAGAUACGCCAGCAUUCUACGCCGUUUGGUGAUGGGAACCAGAGGCUGGCUCAUUGUUUCGCUAAUGGUCUUGAGGCGAGGUUGGCCGGUACAGGGAGCCAGAUUUAUAAAGGGAUUGUGAGUAAACCGAGGUCUGCUGCUGCUGUGCUCAAGGCUCACCAGCUUUUCCUUGCGUGUUGCCCUUUUAGGAAGCUUUCUUAUUUCAUUACCAAUAAGACUAUAAGAGAUCUUGUUGGGAACUCUCCUAGAGUUCAUGUUAUUGACUUUGGUAUACUCUAUGGUUUCCAAUGGCCUACUCUUAUUCACCGGUUUUCGAUUUAUGGGAAACCGAAGGUUCGGGUCACCGGGAUUGAGUUUCCUCAGCCCGGGUUUCGACCGGCGCAGAGGGUUGAAGAGACUGGUCAGAGGUUAGCAGCGUAUGCUAAACAGUUUGGUGUGCCGUUUGAGUAUAAAGCCAUUGCUAAGAAGUGGGAUGCUGUUCAGCUUGAAGAUCUUGAUAUAGACAGGGAUGAGAUCACUGUUGUUAAUUGUCUGUACAGAGCUGAGAAUUUGCAUGACGAGUCAGUCAAAGUAGAAAGCUGUAGGGACGCUGUUCUGAGUUUGAUAGGGAAGAUCAAUCCUGAUCUUUUCGUCUUUGGCAUUGUGAAUGGUGCAUACAACGCCCCGUUCUUCGUGACACGGUUUCGAGAGGCUCUCUUUCAUUUCUCAUCGAUUUUCGACAUGCUUGAGACGAUUGUGCCACGGGAAGACGAAGAGAGGAUGUUCCUUGAGACGGAGGUCUUUGGGAGAGAGGCGUUGAAUGUGAUUGCCUGUGAAGGUUGGGAGAGAGUGGAGAGGCCUGAGACGUAUAAACAGUGGCAUGUCAGAGCUAUGAGGUCAGGGUUGGUUCAAGUCCCAUUUGACCCAGACAUUAUGAAGACAUCACUGCAUAAGGUCAACACAUUCUACCACAAGGACUUUGUGGUUGAUCAAGAUAACCGGUGGCUAUUGCAAGGCUGGAAAGGAAGAACCGUCAUGGCUCUUUCUGUUUGGAAACCAGAGUCCAAGGCUUGACCUUGUGGUAGCAUAAGAGGGACCAUCUCUUUAAUUUUUCUAAAGAUGGAAAGACUAGAGUGUUGCGUCCAAAGAAUCACAUUUUUAUGUAAGUUUUAGUCACAUUUCAUGACAUACUCAGCUAGGUGGUUCUCCUAACGUUAUUCUUGUAGCUAGGGAUGAUGAGAGAGUUUGUAUAUUGCUAGCAGAGUUAACUUUGUCUUAGAUUGUAACACGUAUAAGAGGAAGCUUAGAGAAAAUAUGGUUUUGAAAGGAGGUUUUUACGUCUCCAAUGUACACACACGAGGACCAAUGCUACAUUGAAAUAAGAUGUUUUACUCCUUUAUAUCUGCUAUACUAUUUCUGGAAAAUUCUUCAGCUUGGAGACUGAGCUCCUAGUUAUUAGUUGUGGUCCCUCAUUGCUAUUUGCUAGUUUUGAUGAUCUCUAAAUAUAUUUCAAAGGCUCUUUGAUGUUACUUAGAAUCUCAGGCAAGACCCCUUGAGAUAUAUCAUAAGCCAGGUUAUCUACAGUGUCUAAUCCUAGGACUCUGCUGCAAGAACACUAAGCAGAAGAUCAGAACCGAGUGGUUACUUGAGCGAAAAGCACCUUCAAGCCUUUGUUGGAGCGCAUGUUCCUUCAGGCUUUGAGGCCAGCUGGCCAGGUCAAGUGCUUUUAAUUUUGCUUCCUGAAGCUGCAACGCUACCACAGAUUAAGAGAAAAGAUGAAUGGAUGAUAUAUGUAGUAAAUCAAUCCUUUUCUUUUCAUAAUGAACAUAGGAAUAUUUGUAAGAUGAGAUUCCGCCAUUGCAAUUUUUCAAGGGAUACCCCUAUGAUGCUCGUGUAUGGAAUAACAAUUUCUUUGAUUUCAAAAGGGAUUGAUAAACAAACUGUUUCGUAUUUUCUGAUUAAGUUCCUCUUCCCACUUGAAUUUGUUUUCAUAAUGCUGUUA